CCCUUGCAGUUUUCUGUUUUUGGUUCGAUGUUAUCUCUUGGAGGAGUGAUAGGUGCAUUGGUAAAUGGAAGGAUAGCUGAUACAUAUGGGAGGAGGGUUACAAUGUGGUUUUCUGGAAUAUUCAGCUUGGUAGGUUGGAUGGCCAUAGCAUUUGCCAAGAAUGCUUUGUGUUUGGAUCUUGGAAGACUGUUAUUGGGGUUUGCCGUAGGGAUCUAUUUCUAUGUGGUACCUGUAUACAUUGCAGAAAUAACCCCUAAAAAUCUUAGGGGAGGAUUUACAUCAGCUACUGAGUUGAUUACAUGUUUCGGCUUUUCACUGAUGUAUUUCCUUGGAAGUGUCAUUAACUGGCGUAUCUUGGCUGUAAUUGGUGCUAUUCCAUGUUUAGUACAGUUAGUGGGAUUGGUCUUCCUUCCAGAGUCCCCUAGAUGGCUGGCAAAAGUUGGUAGAGAUCUUGAAGCAGAUCUGCAGAAACUUAGGGGGAAAGAUGCUGAUAUCUCCCAAGAAGCUGCUGAUAUCAGAGUUUACACAGAAACCAUUCAACAGCACUCAAAAACUAGAAUUCUAGAGUUGUUCCAGCGGAAAUAUGCUCAUUCGCUCGUGGUUGGAGUUGGGUUGUUGCUGCUACAACCAUUAGGAGGGAGCAACGCCUUCGGUUAUUAUACAAGCUCUAUAUUUGCAGAAGCUGGCUUUUCAACUAGUAUCGGAAACAUUAAUUGUUUUGUUUUGCAGAUUCCAGCUGCUGCAAUGGGUGUAAUAUUGGUAGAUAAAUCAGGACGACGACCCCUUCUCAUGAUAUCUGCUGCUGGCAUGUGCUUGGGUUCCUUCCUCGUAGGGUUGUCAUUCUGCUUUCAGAACCUCUCCUGGUUGAAGGAGCUAACUCCCAUCUUGGUGCUAGUUGGGAUUAUGGGUUAUAGUAUGUCUUACGUAAUUGGCAUGGCGGGAUUACCAUGGGUUAUAGUGUCAGAGAUAUUCCCUAUAAAUGUCAAGGGUACAGCUGGAAGCCUUGUGAGUUUAGUGAAAUGGUCCAGUUCUUGGAUUGUUACCUACAGUUUCAAUUUCAUGACUGAAUGGAGUACAGCAGGAACAUUUUUCUUGUUCUCGGGUGUUUGUGGUUUUACUGUUCUGUUCAUUGCAAAACUGGUACCAGAGUCAAAGGGGCGAGCUUUGGAAGAGAUACAAAACUCAUUGAAUUCUAGAGAGAGUUAAAAAAUCUAUUUG